UGAAUUUUAACAGAUAAUAAAUAAGUUGUGAAUCGACGACGGACGUGGCUGGUAGAGAGUUUAAAUUAAUAUGUUUUUCUAAUUUAAAUUGUGUUAAAAAGAAAAAAAUGUCGGAUGCUAUCGUAGCCAAGGGUCAGCCAAUACCUGGGGAUCCCGAGAAAAAGGGCUGGCUAUUCAAGUGGACAAAUUAUUUGAAGGGUUAUCAGCGAAGAUGGUUCGUGUUGUCGAAUGGACUGUUGUCGUAUUACAGGAACCAAGCGGAGAUGGCCCAUACAUGCAGGGGCACCAUAUCUCUGCUGGGGGCCCUCAUCCACACGGCAGACUCCUGCACGUUUGUCAUCAGUAACGGAGGCACGCAGACCUUCCACAUCAGGGCUCAUGAUGAAGUGGAACGCCAGAGUUGGGUUACUGCUCUAGAGUUGGCCAAGGCAAAAGCAAUCCGAGCUCAAGAAUCAGACGACGAUGAAGACCAGAUGUCGACAGGAGUAGUAGUGGCGGGAAGUGGUGAAGGGGAAGGGGAGGACGCGGGCGGUAUAGCAAGAGAACUGGCAGCUAGGUUCCAUGACUUGCGCACUUGCUCGGAACUGGUGGCCAGGCAUGGGGCAGCCUUGCAGAGGUCACUUGUCGACCUGGAGAUCCCACCGACGGAUACCACGAAACAAGUGUCUGAACGAGCCACGCUGUUUAGGAUAUCGUGCAAUGCUAUGAUGAAUGCUUGCUCCGAGUUCAUGAGCGCGGCAGCAGCGUCCUCAGCCCGCAUGAGUCGCGCGCUGCAACACGAGCGCGAACAGAAGAUGCGGCUGCAAGAAGUCGUGGAACAACUAGCCCGCCAGCACGACAAUCUUGAGAAGACUGUAACUGCUCGCAAUACUACACCUGGAGGGAACGGCACCGGGCAAGGCAACGAGACAGAGGAUGAGGAUCAUGAGUUCUUUGAUGCUGUGGAAGAGGGUGUCUCCUCUGCUAUGGAUGAUCCAAAUUCAUUUGUAAUUAAAGUGCCCGUAAAUAGGAAAAACAAAGUAAAAAGCGGCGAAAGUUCAGAUGAGUCUGAGGGUGAAUCUGUCACUGAGACUCAACAGGUAAUUUUCGUGGAAGACAAGGAACGAGAAGAAAUCGUGAUGGGAGGCUCAGAAUUAGAACCUACUGCUGAAAGUGGUGCCGUAGUGCCCAAGACACAAGAUAUUAUAGUAUGGCCGCACGUGUCUGCGACGCAGCAGGUGCUGAUCGACGGACACCCGCGGCGGACGCGCGUGCCCGAGAAGCCCAACUACCCGCUCAGUCUCUGGUCUAUCAUGAAGAAUUGCAUAGGUAAGGAGCUCUCGAAGAUCCCGAUCCCGGUGAACUUCAGCGAGCCGCUGUCGAUGCUGCAGCGGCUGACGGAGGACUACGAGUACUCCAGCAUCCUCGACCAGGCCGCCAAGUUCAGCGACCCCGCGCAGCAGCUCGCCUAUGUGGCCGCCUUCACUGUCUCCUCGUAUGCCACUACUGCUAACAGAACAAACAAGCCGUUCAACCCGCUGCUGGGCGAGACGUACGAGUGCGACCGCAUGGCCGACCUCGGCUGGCGAGCCAUCUCUGAGCAGGUGUCGCAUCAUCCACCGAUGGUAGCGCAGUUCUGCGAGGGGCAGGCGGGCUGGCAGUGCUGGCAGGAGUUCACGAUGACCACCAAGUUUAGGGGGAAAUACCUGCAGGUCAUCCCGCUGGGGGGCGCGUCCGCCAUGUUCCCUAGCUCCGGCAACAAGUACACCUGGAGGAAGGUGACGACGACGGUGCACAACAUCAUCGUGGGCAAGCUGUGGGUUGACAACCACGGCGACAUGGACAUCGUGGGCGAGGCCGGGGCCGCCGCCGGUUACGUGGCGCAUCUCAAGUACCUGCCCUACGGGUACUUCAGCAAGGACACGCAGCGCAAGGUAACCGGCGUCAUCAAGGACCCGCAGGGCGUCCCGCGCUACGUGCUGCAGGGCCACUGGGACAGCCGCGUGGAGGUGGCGCCCGUCACCAGCGCCUCGCCCGACAACACCGUCUGCAAGACCGGCAAGUUCACCGUCGCCUGGGAGCGAGUGCCGGCGCCGCCCGACUCCGACCGCUGGUACAACUUCACGCUGCUGGCGGCGCAGCUCAACGAGCCCGAGCCCGGCGUGGCGCCCACCGACUCGCGGCGCCGCCCCGACCAGCGCCUCAUGGAGGAGGGGCUGUGGGACGACGCCAACACCGAGAAGCUGCGCCUCGAGGAGAAGCAGCGCGCCGCGCGCCGCGAGCUGGAGGCGGCGGCCGAGCAGGCGGCCGCGGCCGGCCAGCCCGCCCCGCCUGCUCCCCGCCCGCUGUGGUUCUCGCGGCAGGCGCUGUCAGCCCACGCGCAGCAGCAGCCGCACCUGCGCCACCUGUACACGCACCGCUACUGGGAGUGCAAGCGCAAGCAGGACUGGUCACAGUGUCCGGACAUUUUCUAGCGGCCGCGGCCGCCCGCCUCAGGAGCUGAAUCACCGGAUCGAGUCUCAGUCGUCAGUGUCGCUAUAGGCUAACGUUGUUCUCGUUUACGCCGUUACAUUUUGCGUUGGAAGUUUUACUCAUUCCAUAUUAACUGUGGUCGUUUUUAUUAUUUAUUGUUAUUUUUCAAAAUUAGUUUAUCGUACGGUUACGUGUACAUAAUCCUUAUUUAUGACGCUAUCUCGAUUUCCACGCGACUCGUGGCCUAAUAGUUAAGUUGUUAGCUCUUAGACAUUUGUGAGCACCGCUUUCGGUCGUACGUUUCGAACGUUUCGAGGCUUCACACGUUACAAACUAACAACGAAAUUAUUUCACUCACAUUAUCGAAACUAACGGGCUUGUCACGGUGUUCCAACUAACACGAUUUAUUAUUCAAAGGACUUAAUGCUUUCGUAGUCUGAAGAAAGAUGAGAUGUAUUGGUGGAAUGUUCUGGGACUGAAGAUAGAGGUAUCGUUGUCAGUUACAAACUGUCUCGCGUAUAUAAAUAUGAAUUUCCUUACUCCCGCGUUUGGGCCUGGUAAUAUUGUCUUAAUUUAGUUGUAUAUUUACCUCCUGUAGAAGCCAAGAAAAAUUAAUAAGUAGACGUGAAUAUAAAUUUAUAUAAAAUCAGGUGCUUCUAAUGAACAGGUUUCAAUUUUAAUCAAUAAUAAUAAUUAUCGUCAUGCUACAAUCUAGAAGUGACAAAUGUCUAGCGGGCAUUAAACGAAGCUCUUUACGUCCUUAUAGAAAAUGUCGCGUCGUAAAACUAUCUUUUAAUGCCUUAAUGUAGGAGCAAUAGAGCAUUAUCUAUGUAAGUGUUAAAAAAAUGAACACAAGUUUAUAUCAGGACGUGGGCUCGUAGGCAGCUCGCCGGCUGUCCGCAUUGUGAUAUCAACUUGUAGUGCUCUAGAAUAUUUUGUAAGGUCUAUUACAAAUGUACAUUUUCAAGUGGAUGUAAGAUAAUUUGUUAAUAUUUUUAUUAUAAUAGAAUGAUAUUUGAAUACGAAGCCAUAAACAUCUGUAUCAUGUUGAUUAUGAAAAUAAAAUAUUAUGUCACUGAA